UUUAACUCUCAAAUCAAAAGUCCCCAAAGCCGUCCUUCUCUCCAAGACUCCAACCCCACUCUCUCUCUCUCUCUCUCUCUCUCUCUCUCUGUUCAGUUCCUUCCUGUGACCUUCCUUCCUCAAUGUGUUCCUGAACUUUGCCAACCAAUAUAUUCAAAACCUCUUUCCCUUCUUCUUCAUAUUCUUUGUCUCUGUGUUUUGUUUUGUUCUGUUCUGUUCUACUUUUACAUGCAGCUGCUUCAAUGGGCAACCUGUGUGGCUGUCUGGCUCCCAAGCCAGUGAACAAAAGAAAAGCCACAAAGAGACUUGCCAAUGCAAACAACACAGCAGCAACACUGUCUUCCAAUUCAAGCAACAGGUGGACUCGAAUUCGAUCAUCGCGUAAAGACAAAUUCGUUGAUGAUGCUUUGAUUCAAGAACAAGCUCUUGCUGCUGCCGCCACCAUCAUUUUACAACAACAGCACAACGGCUCUCUGCCUUUCGAUCGCUCUGCUUCGCUUAGGUACCCCAACUCUAAGAAGAAUCAGCUGCCACGGAGUUCUAGCUCCAGAGCUCGCUCCCUCACCGACCCUCUUCUCCAGCCUCAGCAGCUUGUUAAUCAGGAUAUAAAGCUUGAUGAUCUAGAAACCAGCCAUUUUGUCCUUAUCCAUGGAGGCGGCUUUGGUGCGUGGUGUUGGUAUAAAACUAUAGCACUUCUAGAAGAAGGUGGUUUCAAAGUGUCUGCCAUAGACUUAACCGGUUCUGGGAUUCAUACAUUUGACACAAACAGCAUUAUGAGUCUUUCUCAAUAUGUGAAGCCACUUAAUGAUUUUCUUGAAAAACUUGCUGAGGAUGAGAAGGUGAUCUUGGUGGGACAUGAUUUUGGUGGUACAUGUAUAUCACAUGCAAUGGAAAGUUUUCCUUCCAAAAUUUCAAAGGCUAUUUUUGUUGCUGCGGCUAUGUUGACUAAUGGACAAAGCACUCUUGAUAUGUUCACUAAACAGGCAGGAUCAAAUGAUCUAAUGAGACAGGCUCAGAAAUUUUUAUACGCAAAUGGGAAUGAUCACCCUCCAACAGCUAUUGAUCUAGAUAAGUCAUCGUUGAGGGAUUUGUUAUUCAACCAAAGUCCUGCCAAGGAUGUUGCUUUGGCAUCUGUUUCAAUGAGGCCAAUACCCUUUGCACCAGUUUUGGAGAAGCUCUCUCUUACUGACAUGAAAUAUGGAUCUGUGAGGCGGUUUUAUAUUGAGACUCCAGAAGACAAUGCAAUAUCCAGCACUCUCCAAGAGAGCAUGAUAAACUCAAGCCCCCCCGAACGGAUCUUUCGGGUAAAAGGCGCUGAUCACUCGCCGUUCUUCUCAAAGCCUCAAGCACUACACAAGUUAUUGGUAGAGAUCUCAAAGAUCCCCUCAACUUAAAAAUCAGUCUUGUAGGUAGAUGGUGUCCACAGGUUUCUUCAUGCUAAAGCUCCACUGACAUGAUAUAGUCAAACUACUGGAUUCAGUAAUGUAUGCACUUGCAUUAUAACAGGGUUACGAGUAAUGUAAAUGCUCGUAGCAUUGAAAUAAUUUUAUCUAGCGCUUCACUUUUUUUUUUUUUCCUGAGUUUCUUCCCAAGCAAGAUAUGUUCAUAUGUAUGGUACUAAAAAUUCAACAUGUUUUGAGGUAGUUUUUCUACCAUUUCGGUGAAUUCAUUUUUAGGUAAAUUUUGGGGGAGGGGGUUCAAACCCUGGAGAUUGGACACCACCACUGCCAUUUUGGUGCAUUCUUUUUGUAUAUGUUGGUCAAAUAUAUCUCAUGGUCUUUUUGAAUGGUU